AUGGUUUUAGCAGAAUUAGGUAAUCAAUUAUCAGCAGCAUUAAGGAAUUUAAACGAAUCAACAAUUGUAAAUGAAGAUACUAUAAAUACAUUAUUAAAAGAAAUCGGAAAUGCAUUAAGUAAAUCAGAUGUUAGUAUGAGUUUGAUCAUACAGAUGAGAAAGAACAUUAAGGAAAAAGUUAAAUUAGAUCAAAUCGCAGCAGGUUUAAACAAGAGAAAGAUUAUUAGAAAAGUUGUAUUUGAAGAGCUUAUUAGAUUAGUAGACCCAGGCGUACCAUUAUGGAAACCAGUCAAAGGAAAAUCAAAUGUGGUAAUGUUUGUUGGUCUUCAAGGUGCAGGUAAAACCACUUCAGUUACAAAAUUAGCAUAUUAUUAUAAAAAGAAAGGAUGGAGCACAGCUAUUGUUUGUGCUGAUACUUUCCGUGCUGGUGCUUUUGAUCAAGUUCGUCACAAUGCAGCAAAAGGUAAAAUUCAAUACUAUGGCAGUGAUACUGAAAAAGAUCCUGUUGUCGUUGCAAAGGCUGGUGUAGAUAUUUUUAAAAAAGAAGGUACAGAAAUUAUUAUUGUAGAUACAUCAGGUAGACACAAACAAGAUAGUGAAUUAUUUGAAGAAAUGAAACAAAUCGAAACCGCUGUAAAACCAGAUAAUGUUAUUUUUGUUAUGGAUAGUUCAAUUGGUCAAGCUGCAUAUGAACAAGCUACAGCCUUCAAAAACUCUGUUAAAGUUGGUUCAAUUAUUAUCACUAAAAUGGAUGGUAACAGUAAAGGUGGUGGUGCUCUUUCAGGUAUUGCUGCUACUGGAUCACCAAUUAUUUUUAUUGGUACUGGUGAACAUUUAACCGAUUUAGAUCUUUUCGAUCCAGAAACUUUUGUUAACAAACUUUUAGGCAAUGGUGAUAUUAAGGGUAUGCUCGAAAAAAUUAAAGAAGUCAUUCCAGAAGAUUCAUCAUCAUUAAAAGAAAUUGCUCAAGGUAAAUUCACUUUAAGAAGUAUGCAACAACAAUUCCAACAAAUUUUACAAUUAGGUCCAAUUGAUAAAUUCGUUCAAAUGAUUCCAGGUAUGAGUCAAAUGCCACAACUUCAAGGUAAUGAAGGCAAUUUGAAAUUAAAGGCUUAUAUUAAUAUUUUAGAUAGUUUAUCAGAUAAAGAAUUAGAUGGUAAAAAACCAAUUACACAAAAACGUAUUCUUGCAAUUGCUCAAGGUGCAGGUAGACAUCCAAAAGAAGUACUUGAAUUACUCGAACAACACAAGAUGUUUGAAAAAUUAAUUGGUGGAAAAGUUCCAGGCGGUAUGGGUAAUAUGGGUAACCUUUUAUCCAAGGGCGGUCCAAAGGGUCUUCAACAAUUACAAAAUAUGAUGCCACCACAAAUGAUGAAACAAAUGAAUGCCGCUGGUGGUAUGCAAGGUCUUUUAAAUUCUUUCAAAAAUAUGGAUAUGAGCGGUUUAGCUAAAAUGAUGGGUGGUGGCGGCGGCGGUGGUAAUCCAACUGCUGGUGGUAACAAUCCAUUUGCUAAAAUGAUGAAUGGAAUGGGGGGUUUAGAUUUAGAUUAG